AUGGAUCUUUAUGUGACUCAGCUCCCAGGGCUCUCUGUAGCUACGCAUCUGGCGAGAGAGGCUGCGAGAGGCGACGAGAAUAUGCCUGACAACAAGAGCUGGCGAUUAGGUCACAGCAAGCAGCCAAAGAAGCCAACAAAAGCGCCCAACCCUCUUAAGAUCGGCAGCAACAGCCCUACAUCCCUCGAUGAUUUGAGUGAUCGCCGCCUGCCGCUCAGUUGGCGAAGACCACGGCAAGGCAGCAGACCACAGACACCUGUGGGUGCUGUACCCACAACAUCUGCCAUCGAGGACGCAGACGAUGUCCGAAGUGGGCGUUCGGAUACUCCAACACCACGUCGAGAUUCCAAACCGAAGCUCGCUCGAUACACUUCGCUUUUCGGCAACUUCAAAGAGACAGCCAAGGAGCCCGAGUUUGUAUUCUCUACGCCUUGGGGUGAAGAUGCACCGCCGCCCUUUCAGCCUCAUAUCGACCCACUCGACGUGGUGCUAUCCGUCCGAUCGCAUAUGGCAAGUACUUAUCAGCCAAUACCAAUGGAACACAAUAGUGGCCUCUUUCGGGUAUUCGAGGACUAUCGCAAGGUCCGAGAGCAGAAGGAGAGUCUUACUACAAUGAUGGAGCAGACACUCAGAGACUGGAGGAAGGCCGAAGAACAUUGGGAUUACUCAAAAGAUCGCUACAGUGCGGAGAUACGGCGGCUCGAGUUACUCAUAGCUCGCGGAACGAGUGGUAUGACAGGACUCAUGCAGGCUCGUCAAGACAGUGUGGUGCGGCGUCAUAGGAAGACCGUCUCGCACGACAGUCUGCCGCCAAGUUACGAAUCGCUUUCGCAUGCCCAACUCGACCGAGAGAUCAAACUAAAGAGUCAGAGAGCGCUUUUAGGUCGACCAUUAUCACCCUCCGAGAAGAUGGUUGUCCUCUCCACGCAGUUCACCAUCGGCAGGACGGAGUUGCUAGUGGGCACUCCCCCUGAGAUCAACCAGAAGUUGACAUUGUCGCGAAAAGUCCAGAGCGAGCUCAACUUUGCCACUAUUCACAAAACAAAGCACUCACGGUCCUCUACUAGCUCUGUAACUUCUGGCUUCUCCGCAGGGUCUGGUGAUCCUUUACCUGACGAGAUGACGAUUCUUGAGCACACUGGAAUGGAGCUAGCAACCGAAUGUGAAGCUCUUGUCGCUCUUCGUGAGCUUGGCACACUUGUUGCAAGACGUCGAGGCCUAGAGAUCAGCAGCUUCAAUCACGGUCUCAUGAUGCUGUUCUCACAGACUAGACCAGCAGAGACGUUGGUAGGAUGCAUUGAAAGAGACGCACGACCAUCACGGCGAGGAAAAAGCCCCGAUAUUGGAAGGCAACAGUACUCUGAUCCAGGUCUUGCACCGCGGCAUACUUUGCGGAAGUUUCAGUCGCAGCCACAGCUCAGCACACCACAGAAACAUCGUCGACAGUUUUCUUUUGAGCCUGGGGCGGACCAGCUCGAAGCGCUCACGGAAGAGUUCGGGGCGCCUGAUGGGGAGACCAAUGAGAGCGGUUCUGACGAUUCAGGUACUCCUCUCCUGAUGCGUGCUGGACCCUCGGCGCUUGAUACACGAUCAAUUAGAUCUACUUCAUCGUCUCAAGCUCUGGGUGCAGACUUGGGCAAGCCGUCGAAGAUCCCCAGCCCUGUUCAAACAUUGGGUCGCAGUCGUCGAGAGGAUUCUGCCUCAAGCUUCCAGUCCAUCUACGCCAGACCUCAGGACAGUCGUCGCGAGUCUCGCUCCAGCGUUAUCACGGCGUUCCGCGAAAUUCCGAAUGGAAACAUCCGACCUGCACUCCAGAGCAGACACAAUUCGAUCAACAUCUUACGUGAUUCAGACUCCUCACAGGCAUCGAGAGAUCAAGCCGGUGAAAUGAGACCGCGCAACAGUACCAUGGCUGUCACAGCAGCAAGGGCAGCAAGUGAUGCAAGUCAGACAUCGUCGUUAUAG